CAUCAUUCCAUGAUUCUGCCUCGCCAGUCCAUAAUGUAGCCUUUUCCCCAGUCUACCAGUGCCAAUUUCUCUCCCUCGUCAGAGCUGAGUUCCUCCACCUUCCGAAGCUAUGGAAAAUCCCGAAGGAGCGCCAGGGCCGGGUGUCCUCGUGAAACAGUUUUCAUGGGAGAUGGAGAUCAGAGGCAGAGCCGAGUUGGAUACAGAAGAAUUCGACCAGCUUCGGCUGGAUUUCAUAGAGCAGAGAAAGCAAGAGUCCCGCGAGCGCGAAAGGGAAAUGCGCCGGAUUGAGGCUUACUUUUCUGACACGAGACCAGAAGACGAGACGCUGUUUGACAAAACCCGGCAAGAGUUGAUGCAAUGCAUGAAGAGCUUCCAGGGCCUCGUCCCCGAAGAGCUGAGAACUGCACCAAUGCCUACUUCUUGGUCUGAAGUCGAGCUGGCAGUGUCGACCGUGCAAGCCCAGUGGGAUGCGAAAAACAAGGACAGUCAGAUGGCUCGCACCAAGCAGUGGAUUCGGAAGAUGUGCAAUGGCUUGAAUAACCACUCAACGGCCCUUGAAAUGCUCCCAAAGGAAAGCGAGUACGUUUCGCUGAUUGGCGGCGCAGUGAGCAUGAUCAUCAAGGCCUCAGCAAAUUACACAGCAAUCACAGAGUCCUUCGCAAAGGGCGUUGUCAGCAUCAACGACGCUGUUGCCAUGGUGCAGAAGAGCCAGGUGUACGACAGCCCGCCCCUCAAGCAACUCGCCAUGCGGCUCUAUAGCCGCGUCUUCUCAUACCUCACCAAGUUCAUGAAAUGGUACACAGACCGAAGCCGGACUAGGUUUCUGAAAAGCUUCAACGAGAGUGUACAGCGGAUAUUUGAGGAAGACCUGGGCCAGGUCAGGCAGAUUUCCCUCCUGCUAUCUCAGCAGAUUCAGCUACACAUAUCAGCCGAUGUCCGGGUUGCCAAGUUGCUUGCGGAAGACACACGCUGGGCUGUGAAGUAUCUCGUCAAACUCGUUGAAACCGAGCAGACGCAGAGGAAGCUUCAGGAGGAGACCAACGCGCGACUUCUGCAGAGCAUGUUCCUCGGCCAGUUCAAGAACUCGCAGGAGGAGAUAAAGGAGAGUCUACAGAGUAUGAUGGUGGAGUACAACGAAAGGAUGAGGCAGGAGAUUUCGGGGAGAGCGAUCACGAACCUGCUAACAAUUCAAGCUUCGCGAGAGACCUCUGAUGACAGGCGACACUCGGACUCUUACAACUCAUCUCCCUUACCAAGCCCCCAGGGGGCUAGACACAUUCCCCACGGCGACGACUCAAGCUUAAUAGACGCCGAACUCGAGGAACCAUAUCAAAACUCCGAAAUCAAAUACAGGUCUCGACACCUCGAGGAAUACUGCAACUGGGAGCACGUUUUCCCCUUCCCCGACAUCCCGCACCACCUCUGUGCAGAUGCAACCUUCGUGUCACGGCUGAGCGACUUCACAACAACCCUGAAAUCCCAGAUCCUCUACGCCCACGGCCGAUACCAACCAGAACACCUGAGCGUCCUCCGGUCCUCAGCCGCAACAUACAUAACCCUAGCCCGGGAGCACGGGAUCCCCGUCAUCUCAUACUUUUGCCAGCUAUCUGCCGACGAGCCGCCGCCGAGCAGGACGCGGGAGUCGACGGAGUUGACGGCGCUGCUGUACUCGAUGAUCCGGCAAGCCGUGGAGCUGCUGCCCGCCGACUUCGCCGCGGCGCCCCUGGCGUUCGGCGAGGAGAGGUUCGCGGCCCUGGACGGGACGCUGCGGACCUGGGACCUGGCGCUGGAGCUGUUUUCGGAUGCGGUCGGCUGCGUGAGCCUGCCCCAGCUGCUCUUCGUCGUCGACGGGCUCAACCUGUUGGAGGACGACUUUGAAGACGUCACGUCCGGCCAGUUGGAGGCUCUUGUGAGGAGGAUGGGAGACCUUGCCGGGGCUUGCGAGUCAAGCGGUCGCGUGGUGAAGAUCCUGUUUACGACUGCGGGUCUGUCGGGCACACUGUGUCGCGAGCUUGACGGGGGCCAAAUAGUUGCGUGUGAGGCGACGUCUCCGCUUAGGGAGUCGGGAAGCAGGAGGUCACGCCAGUUCUUUUUAUAUUAGGAACUACUGAUAGUAUUAAGCUAGUAUACUAGCCAUGGGUGGUACAAUCUAGACCAUCCCAAGCUUUAUCUCUUUGAGAGGAACUGGGUAAUUCAUCUGAAUAGGUUCACGUCUAAUUAAGACUGGAAAGGCGGUUUGGUGGUUUCUUGGCCUGGCCUUGGGCGUAACGGCCAAGUCCCUACGGCAUCAAACAACAGGAUAAUUAGACGACACGUAAUUGGAGCUUAUAACUAUGUUAAUCCUUCGUUGCAAUAAAGAA